UACAUCUAGAGGAAAAAAUAAAUAAUGCAAAUAAUAAAUGUAUGAGCAAACGUGCUUGUUUUUUUGCUUGAUUAAUUAUGCCGUUUAAUUCCAGAUCCACCACGCCGCUCCGCCGUAUAAUUUCCCAGUGGUCUUUGGCUGUUUCUUCUCUCGCAUGCGCUUCUCUUUUCUUUUUUUCUUCUUCUUCUCUCUCCUCAUUGCAAAAUGAAUCAUGGAUCCGACCGUCUGCACCCGGGGGAGAGCGGCGAGCUGGCGAACGGGCUUGACCAAUCACGUCAAGUUACGAGACGACGACCCAUUUGUGGUCCCGAAGAAAAUGGAAAGAAAAUGGAAAUUUAUCCGAAUCAAACCGGCCGGUGUUUUUCCUGAGUGGGUGGCUGAGUCUCUAUAGGACCACGACCGCUCCUCUCUCCCCAGCCUGACCCAUCCUCUCUCAGCCUCCUGACAGUUCCAGGCAGGAUGCAGAUGAGGGCGAAGGUCGUCUCCGUAGCGAUCGACCCCGCCGCCCCGCAGUAUGGCACUCUGACUGGCACAGGCCUGAGUCUGUCACAUCCUCAACCAAUCAGAGCCUUCGUUAACAGCGGCGUCGGCACGUGAUUGGGGAGAAGGAUGGCCACCAUGCCGUUUGUCAGCGAGGGGAAGUGUGUGAGUGUGGAGUGGGAUUUCCUACAAGGACUACUGGCCAAGCCACCCACCCUUCCCUGUCUCCAGAACCUGCGUAAAGAGAAGUCUCGCAACGCGGCUCGCUCGCGGCGGGGGAAGGAGAACUUUGAGUUCUUUGAGUUGGCCAAGAUGCUGCCUCUGCCCGGAGCCAUCACCAGCCAGCUGGACAAGGCCUCGGUCAUCCGGCUGACCAUAAGUUACCUGCACAUGCGCACCUUCGCCAGCCAGGGAGACCCGCCCUGGAGCCCUCUGAUGCAGGGAGACAGCCACUGCCGAAAAGUAAGACGGUCGUCUAAUUCUCGAGCCACUGACAUGUUUGAGCAGCACCUCGGGGCGCACCUCCUGCAGUCUCUGGAUGGCUUUGUGUUCGUGGUCAGUCAGGAGGGACGUUUCCUCUACAUCUCGGAGACAGUUUCUAUCUACCUGGGACUCUCACAGGUGGAGCUGACGGGCAGCAGCGUGUUCGAUUACAUCCACCCGGCGGACCACGUGGAGAUGGCCGAGCGGCUGGGAAUCAGGCCGCACCUGAGGGCCGAGGCCGGCUGCCACACGGGCCCCGAGAGCGCCUCCAGCUCCGCGUCCGCCUCGUCCUUAGCCGGGACGCCGGAACCCGCUCCGUCUAGUCCUCACUCGCCCGCCAACGAGCCUCACGACCGCGGCUACUUCAUCCGCAUGAAGUCCACGCUCACCAAGAGAGGCCUGCACGUCAAGUCCUCUGGGUACAAGGUGAUCCACGUGACGGGACGGAUCCGCUGCCGCCCCGCCCUGGUGCCGGGCUCGGCGCGCUCGGUGCGUCGGCCCAUCGGUCUGGUGUCGCUGGCGCACACACUCCCGCCCUCCUCGCUCAAUGAAGUCCGCAUGGAGAGCCAGAUGUUCGUCUGCCGGGUGAACAUGGACCUGCAGGUCACGUAUUGUGAGAACAGGAUCUCAGAGUAUAUGGAUCUGACCCCGGCCGAGGUGGUGGGACACACGUGUUACCACUUCAUCCAUGUAGAAGACCUGGAAAACCUGCGGCAUAGCCACGAGGACCUGCUAAGGAAAGGCCAGGUGGUGACCAGUUACUACCGAUGGCUCCAGAGGAGAGGAGGCUACCUGUGGAUCCAGUCCAGCGCCACCGUCUCCAUCAACCACAAAGCGCCGCACGAACGCAACGUCAUCUGGGUCAACUACGUCCUGAGUCGAACAGAGUUGCCCGACACUCCUCUGGAUAUUCUGCAGCUACCAGAGAACGUGAGAGCAGAGCGACUUCGAGUCAGCUCGUCCCCCACCGGCAGUUCCCCCCAGGCCCGAGGUUCGCAACCGGCGAAGAGCUCGCUGGGGAAGAGUGACCCCGACACGAAGGGCAGAGAUAAAUUCACCCCCGCCGCCAUCCAAUCAGAGGACAGGAGGAAGCGCCUGCUGAGGUCCGACCCCGAGGGCGCUCCUCCCGAAACCCGCCGCAGACUGGAGGAGCUCCGCCCCGCCGAGGAGAGCGUCUCCGCCUCUUCCGACCUGGCGAGCGAAAGCGAGGGGGAGGAAGAAGAGGAGGAGGAGGAGGAGACCGAGUGGGACCAGGGGGGGAACGGGGACCGACUGAAAGAGGAAGACGGCGGCGGAGGAGGUAAACUGAGUCGGGGCGGAGGAGGAGGAGGAGGAGGAGGAGGAGGAGACACCCCCACCGGCGGGGCGAGGGGGAGCAGGCUGCACAACGGCCGGGCCGUGAUCCAGCAGCUGAAGAGCGCGGUGGCCCCGCCCCCGCUGCCCGGCAGCCCCGGCGUCAAGACUGAACACGCAGCCCUGACCCCCGGCGGGGGGGGGGGGCGUUGGGAGCCGCGGACCCCGGCCCCCCGCGCGCACGCCGCUCAGCCUCCGCCCUCGCACGCGCACACGCCCUCCAGCAGCCUCAACGGCGACAGCCCCACGACGCCCGCCCCCGACUCCUCCUCCUCCGGCGGCGAGGCCCCGCCGAAAGGCUUGUUCACGCCCCCGUCCCCGGCUCUCUCUCCCGCCGUGUCCGUGUCCUCCCCGCUGCCCCGCGAGGACCGGGCGGCGGCGGCGGGCUCGGUCACUCGGAGCGGCGGCGGCGGCGCGUGCGGCGUUCCGGACUUCGAGCUGCUCCAGAGGCUGGCGGCGGCGGGCGGCGCGGCGGGGCGGGUCCUCUUCCACCCCCUCGCCCUCGGCCCCCAGGGCCCCCAGAGCCUCUACGCGCCCAGCACCAUCCGCUACGCUCCGCCCGAUCUGCCCCACCACCACGGCAUCGAGCACGGCGACGGCCUGCAGCUACGCUCGGACCACCACAAGGGACCCCCCCCCCCGCCCGCCUUCUUCCCCCACCUGCAGCGGUUGGCCGGCUUGCCGCCCUUCAGCGGUUUCUCCCCGUCCGACGGCCCUUUCCCCUCCGGCCUGCCCUUCUGUAUGAACGGACUGAGGGGGGCCGCGGGCUCCGAGGAGGACUGAGCGCUCCGAGGCGCGGAGGAGGUGAGAGGAGGAGGUGAAAAAAGGGGGGAAGAAGGAGCGUGAGCGACGGACCAGAAUAAGACCCGUUGAAAAGGGCAGGAGAGAGAGAGAGACGGGACAUUAAGCCUCUGAGGACAUUACUAAUUGGACAAUGAGUUGAAUAACUGUGAUUUUAAAUGCGUGACAAGUUUCUGCCAGGGGGAAUUAUUGUGUCUGCCCGUCGUAGACGAGUGACAGCGAAGCUCAAAGAAAACGGGACACGGAAACUUUUGACCGGUCGUCCCCGGAGACGUUCCGUCCGUCCGACAGUGAUGAACUCUGCUCCGUGAUUUCGGAGUCUCUUCCUCUCGGAGAAGCCAUAUUGUACAUAGAGACGAAACCAUAAAGACCCUCAGCUCACGCCCUCCUGUCGCCGUCACGCCAAUUAACCCAAUUAACCCGAAAAAGCCACCGCAGAGCGAGACGGACGCUCAUCCGUAGGAACGGAAGCGACGACUUUGGAAUAUAAAUUUUUAUUAUUGCAGUAUCAUACAAACAAUUUGUCACACUGGGGUCCGGGGUGAGAAUAUGAUUAUAGGGUUUUCCCUAAAAAGAAAAAUGUAAAAAAAAAAAAGAUGGAGAAAGCUCUCUGGUGUUUUUGUAUUGAGAUUCAAAAAUGAUAAUGAUAAUUUAAAAAAACACAUCUUCAUCAGUCAGCCAUACUUAAAGCACACUGUUGGGACAAAAAUAUGAAUAAUGUAGUCCAAGACAUUCCAUUAUAUAUAUAAAUAUAUAUAAGGGAAACAUGCAAUGCUGACAGGACGCUAUAUUUCUGUUUGAUCAUAGGAGAGCAAUUUCUUUUAACUGAGUAUUAAUUAUAGUAUAUUCUGUAUGAUGCUGCGGUUGUGUUUGUGUAUGAAAGCCAUAUUCUUGUUUUUAUUUUGUUUUUAAGGUUUGUAUUGAUUUUUUUUUUCACCCGAUAAAACUGAAAAAAUGAGUCUAGACAGACAAGAUGAUAAUGUUUUAUUGGAUGUACAAUGUCAUCCAAAUAUCUUUUUAUUAUUCUCGAAAGAAAUAUAUUCCUGAAAGAUGAUUUUAGGAGGGGGAAUGUGUGCCGGACACAAGUGUCUUACUGAGCACUUACUGAAAUUAGUUCUGGUGUGAACUCAAAGCACUUCAUCACUUAACACUUACUGUGAGACGCUGUUAAAACAGAAAUAUAAUUUCAUAGCCCGACCACAGUGGAGUGGAUAUAUGGUCAUUUAAAAAUUAAAAAAAGCAGAUGAAUAAACAGACCAAGUGUGGUCAUUAAAAGGUGACCAUUAGAGGUCAAUAAAAAUAAACAGAAUUAUUCUGAUAAAAGUGUUGGUUCAAUUCAGUGAACUGUAAAGUUUAAAAUUAAAAAGUGGAAAUAAAUAACACUUUAAAUGUCAUUUUCCUCACUGAUUUGAUUUUGAAUUCCUCUCUCGGGAUUGAAAAAGACGAGUAAAAUUAAAGUGUGUCUGUUUUUUAGCAUUUUAACUGGAGUGAGUCACAAAACAAUUGUGGUUGCAAUAGAGAAUUUAAAAAAAAUCCAAUAUGUGAUAUUUUACAUUUGAAAAUGUGAUAAAAAAAAGUUGCUUUCAAUACAGUCAAAUGCAUGACACAUACAUUUGUGAAAAUAGUAAUGAACAUUCUCAGAAAUAGACAUCAGAUGGCUUUCUAACACUUUGGAAUAAGGUCCUUCAAAACUGAUCUAACAUCAAAAAAUAUGAAUAAUUGAAAAAAGAAUCUGUUGAAAACUAAGUCUUCAAAAUGAGGCCUAAAGCCAGACACCAUAAUAUAAGUUAUUUAUGUUUUGCUAUCAAAUUGAGAUUACGGUCGACUGUCGGAUUUGAGGUCUCGGUAUAUGUGGGAAGAAUAAAAAUAAAGAAGAUAAAUAUUAAUUCUAAUCGUUCAGACCCGACAUGCACUACUACGCACCCGUACCGCGUCACGCGUGUGUGAGCGCACAUGCUCUCGGGUGUUUACCGGUAUAACCUGUGUGUGUAUGACGUAUGCUUGUCCACGUGUGUGUGUGUGUGUGUGUGUUAUUUUUAUUUUUAUUUUUAUGAAACAGCUAACCACUUGCCCAUCACUGUGAAUUUAACAUUAUCCUCCCAUCUCUGUGAAUAUUCCACCCCAUCAUCAAAUAAAAUGAACAAAUGUAAAAAGAAAAAACAGUGAUACAGAUGACGAUAACAAUAAAAUAUUCCAGUAGAGGAGCACAACUCGA